CCAACACCAAUCUCACCUUUAUUGCGUCGCUUCGUUUGCCUAGUCUCAGUCGAGAUCAGACACGAAUCUAUCUUCAUCCAUCAUGGAAAGCGAGUCGCUCUCACCACAAGGGCGUAAGCGGAAGCAGCUGGACACGCCCGCAAAAUCUAACCCUAAAAGCAAGAGAAGACCACAACGCCAGCGACGGUUCGACUUCGAUGUGCAGGUUGAGGACUACAAGAUAUGGAGACGCCAAGGCGCGUGGCACGAUCCCGUGUGCCUAGAAUGUUGUAAACCAGACGACUUGAUCCUCUGUCAGACAUGCAAACGCGCGUAUCAUCAAAAUUGCAUGCCGAAAACUUCAUCCUUCUGUAGCAGAACCCGCAAGCUGUACUGCGUUGUCUGUGUGGAACUGUCCUGGGAUGUGUCUCCUCCGGAUGUGUCAGCCUCUGCAACUCCUGAACCCGAGCCGGCCGCGGACAGCGAUUAUUUGAGACUUCAAACCCGACACGGCGGGAUCUUGAACAGCAGCGAGGACAUUGCACGCCCAACGGUCGGAUAUGGGUCAACAGCUCACCAGCGUCAGGUUCCUGAUACCACUCACAACCCCUCUUCUGACACGCGAACGCCCGCGCCCACGCCCGCUGCCAUCGCGGCCAACGACCGGGUUCGACAGAACGCCGACGAGCCACUGGAAUAUACGCAAUCGCCUGAACGAACUGCUCCAUCUCAAAACAUGGCCUUGUCGACUAAUGAUGAUGACCUUUGGUCCUUGUACAAAGGGACGCGAGACUAUUCAAAGAGACGAUCCCGAUUUGCUACGUUGCCGACCAAGAUUGAUGAAAGCUUGUCUACAUUGUAUCAGGAACUAGCAACAUCAACCUUUCUCCGACAGAAAUUGUCGGAGCUGGAAGCAAAAGUACGUGCCCUGGAGCAGGAGAAGCAGAUGCAAAAGAACCAGAUCAUCUUGCUGGAACAAUCGCGGACCGGGACUUUCAUGUCUGAUCAAGAACUGGCUGAGAUGAGGGCCCUCAUAAGCCAGGGACAGUCGGCGUCGACACGACUCGAAGAAUUGUCCAAUAAAUAUGAAGCUCUACAGGCGGAAUUCCAGCGACAAGGUGCAGAUUUACUAGCAAAGGACGAAGCACUCAGUGAAUGGAAGGGCAAACUGAAAGCUAUGCUGGGGGAAUGAACGUCAGAGGAAGAGGACUCAAAUAUGGCACUAAGUGAGCUCUACUAUGGUCCAAGACCAAGCUUAUAUUUGCCCUGGACGUCCAUCUCGAGUACAAGGCUCUGGAACUCGGGGAUACGUUUGCACGCCAGCUCGUGGAUCAGAGCCUCAUUCCUGACCACCCAUUCCGUGUACGUCCCGGUCUAUAAACGUCAACGGUCAGUCCGCUACGCUCACGUAUGGCCCAUUGGUCUCACAUACCAUCGGAAGGAAAACCCCGUACUCGUAGGCCAGACCUAUCGAGUUAACCAUGUAAAUGCCAUGCAGGGCGUUCGAAUGGGCCUGCUCCUCCGCCAACGACAACUCACGAUCCCCAAAGACCGCCUUUCUCCACAAGCUGAUGACAGCCUGCGCGUGAGCUUCGAGUUGUUCCAUCGGGACGUUUUGGUUGGCGGUCCGUUGGUGGAUGACCAGACGGUUGCCCUUCUUGGGUUUCCCCCCCGCGAAUGUGUGGUCGUCACUCACGUCCUGGAAGUGACAGCUGAUGGCCAUGGCAGGAAUGGUGAAGGCUCUGGCGUGCCACUCGGUGAUUUCCUCGGCGAGUUGGCUCAUCUGCGUGGAUUCCAAUUUGCUCCCCAGCUCGAACCUGUAGAGAGGCAUCGUCGACGACGUGGGACUUAUGCCUACACAAGAUCAGGUGAGAAAGCUGGUUGUAGAUCGUGUCGAAGGACAGCAAUGAAGAGGUGGUAUGAGAGGAGUGAAAACACGACAGUGUACCAAGGGGGAGGAAGAAAGAAAACAAUUACAAUAUGAAAUUUCUGCGAGAUGUAACACAACUUGGCAGGCGAGCGUCUGUCGCAAUUCCCGCUUUCCAACAAGACGAAUGCCAACAUCUCUUGAUUCAUGUCAGGGGAGGUUGAAAGCACUCCGAAGAGUCCACCCACACCUUCCAGGCGUACGCGUGUUGGCACGGGUACGAGACCAGAAUUCAUUAAUCGCAUGGAGGAGACCUUUCACACAAAGUUUUCAUUUGUCAUUUCCCCUUCCGUGGUAUCCAGCUCGGGACUUUGCGGAGGCAGACAGCAUCAAACAUACCCAGCUGUACCUUGCCACUCUUAUCAGGUGUGACCGAUGCUUCACCAUCAAACACCGAUUCGCGCGCCCCUCGAUUCACACAAUGCUGGCCUCACUCCUAUGGAAAAAAAGGAAUCGGCGGAACGGCAAAGUAUACGCUAGUUAUGGAGCUCUGCCCAAUUGCUCCGUAUGCUACUGCAUUUCAGUAUGACUGAGGUACCGCUUGCUCUAGGAGCCUACUUCCAUGCGAAUGCAAUCUGCUCGAAGUGUGGCCCUGCCGCCGUGACCAGUCACAUCUCUAGGCUUCCACUUCAAGCCUACACGGCUAGGGCACUACCGAACGUGUUUCCGCCUGACCUCUACAGCUUCAGGUAGGAAAGUGCCCGUUGAUACCACUUGAGGCUUUGCCGAUUUUGCAACUCUUCCAUCUCCCAGGCCUCCAUCCGUCGCCGGCCCGUGUGCAAGUCAAUCACUUUCUGCA